CAAACUCUCGGGUUAGAACAGAAACUUAUACUCAGUAAACACCGGAAGAGCAGGAGGAUUUGGGUCUGUUUUACCGAGUAAACCGAGUUAAAUACCGGGUUAUUUACCGGGUUAAAGAGAGUUAAAAUGUAAGUUGAAUAUACUAUUAGAGGAAAGUGUAGAGGAAGUGAAUGAUGGCGCGCUGCAGAUCAGUUAUGGAAGCUCUGAUCUUUCUCCUAUUUACUCUUCAGCUUUCAUCAGCAGUGAAACACUCUCUGCAGUACGUCUACACUGGAGUUACACCAGGAAUACAUUUCCCAGAGUUCACUGUUGUUGGUCAGGUGGAUGGACAGCAGAUUGAAUAUUACGACAGUAACAUCAGGAAAAUGAUCACAAAGACAGAGUGGAUCCAAAACAAUGAGGGAGAAGAUUACUGGAACACACAGACACAGAUUAUGCAGAUGCAUCAGGAGAGCUUCAAAGUCAACGUGGCAAUUCUAAUGCAGCGCUUCAAUCAGACUACAGGAGUUCACACAGUACAGAUGAUGGUCGGCUGUGAGGUUGAUGAUGACGGCACUGUUGGAGGAUAUGAGCAGUAUGGUUAUGAUGGAGAAGAUUUCCUCAGUUUUGAUCUGAAGACUCUGAGUUGGGUCGCUCCCACACGUGAGUCUGUGAUCACCAAGAACAAGUGGGAUCCUGAUACUGGUUAUAAUAAGGGUGAGGAGAAUUACCUGAAGAACAUCUGUCCUGAGUGGCUACAGAAAUACCUGACUUACGGCAAACACACUCUGGAGAGGAAAGAUCGUCCUACAGCAUCUGUGUUCCAGAAACACUCAUCUUCUCCAGAGGUGGUGUGUCAUGUUACAGGUUUCUUCCCUAAAGCAGUGAUGAUCUUCUGGAAGAAGGACGGAGAGGACGUGUAUGAAGACGUGGAGCUCAGAGAGACGUUACCCAACCAGGAUGGAAGCUUCCAGAAGAGGAGCAUUCUGAAAGUCUCAGCUGAGAAGCUGCAGAAACACACCUACACCUGUGUGAUUGAGCACAGCAGCUUGGAGAAGGAGAUGGUGCUCAAAAUACCAAAAGAUGGAGGAUCAGAUGGAGGACUGAUUGGGAUCAUCAUUGGUAUCAUCGUAGCUCUCGUUGUUCUCGUUGCUGUUGUUGCUGGAAUUGUGGUCUGGAAGAAGAAGAACUCUGGAUUUAAAUCUGUUCCAGCCAAACCCUCCUCUGAAGGAGAUUCUUCCUCCAAUAACUCCUAAAGUGUGAGAGUGUGUGAUCCUGCUGCAGUGAGAGAGAGAGGAGGAGAGGAAGAGGAGGAUCAUACACACACACACACACACACACCCUUUUCCAUUUAUAAUUAUUAUAUUCAUUAUAUAUUAUUAUAAUUAUAAUUGUUUGCACUAAUAGACUUUGAAUUGCUUCAUAUAUCAUUGUUUCCCCCCCAAUGGUGACCAACCCUCAGUGGCACAUUUCUCAAGGCACAUUCUAUCUGCCAAUCUGCAUUCGAGUUUGAUGCGAUGUUCUGUGUAUAAAUGGGGGAAAUUUUAUUGUGAAUCUGCUGUUACUACACGUGUAUUUUUGCUUGCUCUAAUUGAUUUAUGCAGGCUUUUAUUUUAUAUACACACGUGGUAAAUACAGUGUGUUAAAAGUGUCACAGGUAUGUAAACAUUUAUUUUUCAUUACUCUGAUUAAUAUUUUAGAUAUUUGUUCUUUUCAGGACAUGUUUUUUACUAGCAGUUCCACAUUUACUCUUUUUAUCUCUGAGAUAUACACACAUGCACACACAAAAUGAAACUAUUUUACUUAUAAGUGCACUGCAUGAUGAAACUGAUAGAAGGUUACAUGUAAUAUUACUUGUAUAGAUUGAAGUGAGAUGUAAAACCUUUACAGGAGCUUCGGUACUGUUCAGGUUUGCUGUGGCGCUUAAUGCUGCCUGUUAUCAGUAAUUAUACAUCAUAAAUUAUAGUUCAGAAUUACUUUUUUUUUUCUAGCAUAACUUUCAAAAUUAAACUGCCACUCCUUAGCUCUUUUACAACAAUAAUGACGCAGGUAAUUCCUUUAUUCUGAUUGGUCAGAUUCUGAUUUCUGUUCAGUCUCUAAAUCUUGUUGUUUUCAAUAGGAUUGACUCCCUAAAUUGUUAUUGUUUGUGUGUGUCGUGUAUUGAAUGAGUGAUGGCAUGCUGUUAUGAAAGCUUUAAUUUUCCUCAUAUUUUCUCAGCAGGUGAGUCUGUAUUCUCUGCUGUCUGUAUUAUAAGGUGAAUAUAUGGAAAGUCAGACAAUUAAACUUUAGGCACUGUAAGGUAA